AUGGAGUACGUAGCUGCUGCUCUUCAUUACGCAUCAUCUCUCCUUGUCGUUUCCGUCAAGGUCGCAUAUCCAGGCUGGGCAUCCUUUAAGGCCAUCAAAUCAAACGGAGGAUGUGACGAUACAACAUGGCUUAUUUACUGGAUUGUCAUAGCUAUUUCUUCUUUCAUUGAAGUUUACGUAGUCCCAUUUGUUCACUUUGUCCCAUUCUUCAUGCUUCUCCGCCUUUGCUACUACGUUUGGCUCCAACUUCCAGUUUGCAACGGUUCCAUCUUCCUUUACAAGAAGUUCUUCUUACCAUUCUUCUCAAAGAACUCCGAAUUCUUCGAUAAGAUCACAAUUGAAGAUACAGCUGACCUCCUUUCAACUAUCACCCAAAUUAAGGAAAAUCUUAAGGCUAACUUUGCUGAAAUCAAGGCAUCACUCGAUUAA